CGUUAAGGGCACGCAGCUACUCAGAGGCAAGCAGGCAGGCAGGGCGGGCCCGGGGGUGGGGGGGACCUGCUGCUGGGAGAGCAGCGGCCCGAGCCCGGGCCAUGGCGAAGCUGCUGAGCUGCGUCCUCGGCCCCCGGCUCUACAAAAUCUACCGGGAAAGGGACUCAGAAAGGGCCCCGUCCAGCGUCCCUGAGACUCCAACUUCAGUCACUAACCCCCCUUCCAGCUCCUGGGAUACAUAUUACCAGCCCCGUGCCCUGGAGAAACAUGCAGACAGCAUCCUGGCACUGGCUUCCGUCUUCUGGUCCAUCUCUUACUACUCCUCUCCCUUCGCCUUCUUCUACUUGUACAGGAAAGGUUACUUGAGUUUGUCCAAAGUGGUGCCGUUUUCUCACUAUGCGGGGACACUGCUGCUGCUACUGGCAGGUGUGGCCUGCCUCCGAGGCAUUGGCCGCUGGACCAACCCCCAGUACCGGCAGUUCAUCAGCAUCUUGGAAGCAACACAUCGGAACCAGUCUGCAGAGAACAAGAGGCAGCUCGCCAACUACAACUUCGACUUCAGGAGCUGGCCUGUCGACUUCCACUGGGAAGAGCUGAGCAGCCGGAAGGAGUCCCGAGGGGGCCCUUCCCGCCGGGGAGUGGCCCUGCUUCGCCCGGAGCCCCUGCACCGGGGAACAGCAGACACCUUCCUCAACCGGGUUAAGAAGCUGCCUUGUCAGAUUACCAGCUACCUGGUGGCACACACGCUGGGGCGCCGGAUGCUGUACCCUGGCUCGGUGUACCUGCUCCAGAAGGCCCUGAUGCCGGUGCUGCUGCAGGGCCAGGCGCGGCUGGUGGAGGAGUGCAAUGGGCGCCGAGCAAAGCUGCUGGCCUGUGACGGCAACGAGAUUGACACCAUGUUUGUGGACCGUCGCGGGACAGCUGAGCCCCAGGGACAGAAGCUGGUGAUCUGCUGCGAGGGGAACGCGGGCUUCUACGAGGUGGGCUGCAUCUCCACGCCCCUGGAAGCUGGAUACUCAGUCCUGGGCUGGAACCAUCCAGGCUUUGCUGGAAGCACGGGUGUGCCAUUCCCACAGAAUGAGGCCAAUGCCAUGGAUGUAGUCGUCCAGUUCGCCAUCCACCGCCUGGGCUUCCAGCCCCAGGACAUUGUCAUCUACGCCUGGUCCAUUGGCGGCUUCACUGCCACGUGGGCAGCCAUGUGCUAUCCCGACGUCAGCGCCCUGGUUCUGGAUGCCUCCUUUGAUGACCUGGUGCCCUUGGCCUUGAAGGUUAUGCCGGACAGCUGGAGGGUGCUGGUGACCAGGACAGUGAGGCAGCAUCUCAACCUGAACAAUGCGGAGCAGCUGUGCAGGUACCAGGGCCCGGUGCUGCUGAUCCGGAGAACCAAGGACGAGAUCAUCACCACCACGGUUCCUGAGGACGUCCUGUCCAACCGAGGCAACGACCUCCUGCUGAAGCUCCUGCAGUUCCGGUACCCGCGAGUGAUGGCGGAGGAGGGCCUUCGGGCGGUGAGGCAGUGGCUGGAGGCCUCGUCCCAGCUGGAGGAAGCCUCGAUGUACAGCCGCUGGGAGGUGGAGGAGGACUGGUGCCUGUCGGUGCUCCGCUCGUACCAGGCAGAACACGGGCCCGAGUUCCCCUGGAGCGUGGGGGAGGACAUGAAGGCAGAGGGCCGCCAGCAGCUGGCCUUGUUUCUGGCUCGGAAGCAUCUGCACAACUUUGAGGCCACACACUGCACCCCGCUCCCAGCCCAGAACUUCCAGAUGCCCUGGCACCUGUAGGGACCGCACCGGCCUGGUCGGGAAGGCGCUGUGACGGCUGUCUGCGUGCUGCCCUUCCUCACUGCCCUCCCGCACGUUCUCCCGCAGCGCCCAGGCAGCCCCCAGCCUCCCCCGACUCGCCCUGCAUUACGUGAAUGUGUUGUUCCUGAUCAUUAAUAAAAAG